CAAUUUCCUGGAGCAAUCUCACAGGGUGGCUCCACUUUUCGUUUGAGCUCAACUACUUUGUUGCCUCCUCUGCAGCUGCCAGACCUGCUCUUGCUGCUGCUCAGGGAGAGCAUCUGGGGAGUCCCUUUCCAACCACCAAGGAGAUGAUGAGCUCGAGCUAUUGGAGUGAGACCAGCAGCAGCAGCUGUGGGACCCAGCAGCCCCUAGAGAUGCUACAGUGCCAGCCCCAACAUUACCACUGCUACCAUCAGUCAAGCCAAGCCCAACAGCCUCCAGAAAAAAAUGUAGUGUAUGAGCGAGUGAGGACCUACAGCGGGCCCAUGAACAGAGUGGUGCAGGCCUUGGACCCCAUCAGCCCCCGGGAAGUGCUCUCCCCUCUCAAAACUGCCUCUUCCUACCAAAACUUGGUUUGGAGCGACCAUUCUCAGGAACUCCAUUCUCCAACUCUGAAAAUAUCUUCUUGUGCCCCAAGCACUCUACAUAUAACCGAAAACACUGAACAGGAACUUCAUUCUCCAGCAGUGAAAGUCACAACAUAUCCACAGACUACUAUUAGGAGAUAUAUAGUACAGAAUCCUGAACAGGAACCACUGUCUCCAUUCUUAAGAGGAGGCCAUUUCUUCCCAGGAAACAAUGUUAUUUAUGAAAAAACAAUAAGAAAAGUGGAGAAGCUAAAUACAGAUCAGGAAUGCUAUCCUCAGGUUCAAUGUCAUCAUCAUAUCAUACAACAACCUCAGAUCAUCCACUCUCCACACUGUCAACAAUCCCAUUCUAGCCAACAAAUACAUAGCAUCACAGGAAGUGAUUCAACUUCUACAAACAUUGGAAAUGAACUGUGUCAUGGUGGAGCAAACCAGAUACAUGAGCAGGUGAUAAUUCAGGAUGAUGGCCCUGAAAAAUUGGAUCCCAAAUAUUUUGGAGAGUUGCUUGCUGACCUAAGCCGUAAGAACACGGAUCUGUAUCACUGCUUAUUAGAACAUUUGCAGAGAAUUGGAGGAAGCAAACAGGACUUCGAGUCUACUGAUAAAUCGGAAGAUAUAGAAUCAUUGAUUCCUAAAGGACUAUCGGAGUUUACAAAACAGCAAAUUCGCUAUAUUCUACAGAUGAGAGGUAUGUCUGAUAAGUCACUCAGGCUAGUGCUGUCCACAUUCAGCAACAUACGGGAGGAGCUUGGACAUCUUCAAAAUGACUUGACCUCACUGGAAAAUGACAAGAUAAGCCUUGAGAAGAACUUGGCAUUCAAAGAAACUCAAAUAAAAGAAUAUGAAGAACUCCUGGCAUCAGUGAGAGCAAAUAAUCGCCAGCAGCAACAAGGACUUCAAGACUCAAACUCAAAAUGCCAGGCAUUGGAAGAAAAUAAUCUUUCUCUUCGACAUACAUUAUCAGACAUGGAAUACAGACUAAAAGAACUGGAAUAUUGUAAACGUAAUUUAGAGCAAGAGAAUAAAAACCUUAGAAUGCAGGUUUCUGAGACUUGCACAGGCCCGAUGCUGCAGGCUAAAAUGGAUGAGAUUGGCAACCAUUACAUGGAAAUGGUUAAAAACUUGAGAGGAGAGAAAGAUAGAGAGAUCUGCAAACUACGGUCUCAGUUAAACCAGUACCAAAAAGAUGUUUCAAGAAGAGAAGGAAGUUGUAGUGAUUUCCAAUUCAAGCUUCAUGAACUCACAAGCUUGCUGGAAGAGAAGGAUUCCCUUAUAAAACGUCAGUCAGAGGAACUUUCAAAGUUGAGACAAGAAAUAUAUUCAUCUCAUACCCAACCCUCCAGUGCUGGAAGGACUACUAUUACUACUAAAAAGUACAGGACACAAUAUCCAAUCCUAGGACUCCUGUAUGAUGACUAUGAAUACAUACCACCAGGUAGUGACACACAGACUAUUGUGAUUGAGAAAACAGAAGACAAAUGGACUUGUCCAUGAAUGAAACAACUUCAAAGAAUUACAACUCAAAGGAAAUUUUGUGUGUCUGUAUUAGUAUCUACAUUAUUUUUUCCAUCACUAAAGGCCAAUCAAAAAUUUGAACCAUGCUACUACCCAAUGAAUCUAUGGAAUAACUUAAUUCUACAGAUGUUUCUCCAGCCAUUUAUGAGAACUCAAUCAUUUCUAUUUGUGUCUCCAAUAUAACAACAAACAAACGAAAAGAGGGAACUUGUUUGUUUAAAUUUCUAUUGCAGACACUGUAGAACAAAACCAGCUAUUUUUUAAAAAUAUGUUAAAUAUCUUAGAUGUUUAACUAGUUUGAAGAGGUAGAUAUUUUACAGGUUAUUCCAUUAGAAUGUUUUCUCCAAUAUUUGCUGUACAAUUUACUUAAAAGAUUUAAUAUUGAUUUUAAUAGUGAGUCAAAAAACAAUUUAAAUUUUAAAAUAAAAGACUAUAGGCCAUGAUACAUACAAUGUAAAUUGCAUUUUCUCACAUGAACCCUAUGACUAAAAGAGAUGCUUCAUUACAUACUAUUUGCACUUAUUGGAAACACAACUAAAUCAAAGUUGAUGGUUCAUUUCAUUUAACAGGGAAUUGGGAUGAUGUCUUUUCAAAUAAGUAAAUCCAUUUAUUAUUAAUUAUGCUUCUCAGUUUGUAGUACAUAUCCUUUUGUGCCUUGACAAAUUUGUUCUUUCAAAGCAUAUCCUCCCCAAAUAAAAUCAUUCACUUCCUUAAAAACAUGUAAUACUCUACUGUAGUAGUGGUCAAAAAGAAGGUAUGGUUUUUCAUAGUGGUAUACAAAUAUAAUAUUGAAGUACUGCAUAUAUAGAAAAGCUUAUAGAAUAAAAUAGCAACAAAUACUUGAUAGCUGUAUCCUGCUUGGGAAUAUAUUUUAUAGUAAUGUACUUAAAAUUUGGUUAAUUAGUUGUACUCUAAUGACCUUACAAAAUGAACCCAAGAAUUUUUAAAUACAUUACAAGGUAAGAAUGAAAUUUCUUAAUUUCAACUUGUUUGGCUAAAGUUAGAGUUACCAAAAGUCAUCGUGUUUGUAUUAAGGCAACAAAUGUAUUUGGGUUACAAGUAAAUGAACUUCUGCACUGAACUCUCUGCAAAUAUAUAUAUAUAAUUAUGUCAUUCUUUAUAGUGAUAUUUUAAUAAUUACUAACAAAUUGUUAUGAUAAGCACAGAUCAUACACUAAAUAAUAGGGGAAAUUAUGAGAAAAAUGUUUUCAAAAUCCUUUUGUAGAAAUAUAUAAAUAGGUCUUAUUAUGCAGGUAAAUAGACUUAUUUAUAUUAUCUAAUGCUUUGGGGAAAAUGUUAGGCUCCAUAGUUUGAAUUGAUUCAAUUCCUAUUUUAUCAAUAUUUUGUGAUAGUCUUGGUCUUACAUCUUUUGCUUGUUGUAGAAACAACAGAGCAGUUUCUCCUCUGCUAAAUACUCAUAUAUGUAACUAUAAUAAAAAUGUAUAGCUAUCCACCCACUAAAAGUGAAAUGAGGAAGAUUUAUGAGCCUGAUAGAAAACUACCACCAUUACUGUUUGAAAAUGAGAACAGGUGUAAUUUUUCUAAAACACUCAAAACAAAGUAUCCAAAACUUGGGAGCAGUUAAGAAGUCAGCAUUUUCUUGUCCUACUAGAUCCAUGGAUAGUGAAUAUGGAUCAUAUUAAGGUACUUAUUAUACGCAAUCAUUUUUAAAACUAAUGCAAAAUUAAUGCUAUGGAGAGCUGUUAUAUAUAUUUAAAUAUAUGUAUGUAUAUUUGCAUAUACAUAUUUAAAUAGAUAUUUAAAUAUAUCUUUUGUUUGUGAUUAAUAACAUAAAUAGUUAUAUCUUUUCCUCUCACUAGUUUUAACCAGCUUAUUUAUGAAAAUUACAAAGAUGGCAAGUGAGGAAUGCCUGUUUACCUAAUACCUAUUUCAGUAUGUUUUCACUUUAGAUCUGUCAAAUAAAAUGGAAACUAUACAUUAAUAUACAAAGUAAUUUGUUUGUAUCUAAAAUGUGUUAAGUAUUUGUGAAAGUUCAAGAAGGAAAUGUGUAGGAAAGCUUUUUAACUUAGCUGUAAAUUUUUGUCAGGAAGUUAUUCUCAUGUGAAUGCUUAUAUGGGAGCUAAUAAGCACCACUCUAAUUAAAAAAAAAUCCAAAAGGACUUCCUAAUAUGAACUACUGAAGAUGGCACUUUAACAUGGUUUGACCUCCAGCUGAUCCAGAUUUCUACUUCAAAUUAGAAUAUCUUCCUUAUACAUUGAGUUUUCUUCUCACUUGUUUCAACAUGAUUCCAUAAUGUAUUCAUCCCAUCUUUGUAAUGGGGUUGUAAUCAUAUUACUUUUUCUUAAUAUGGAUAGAACCAAAAGAACAAAUUAAAUCUUUUUAAAAAUUGUAUCUCACUACACAGUUUAGAUCCUUAACUAAGCCAUCAUUACACCUUUUCCCCUUUACUGUAAUCUACAAAGAUUGUUUCUUUUGAAAAAAAAUGUUUUGAAAAUAUUUCCUCAAAUGGUACCAAUUUCCCACCAUAUGUAAUUGUACACUUUUCUAAUAAAAUGUGAAGUA